CCGUCAUUGCACCUCAUGCAGUGCAAUAACCAACCCUUCUGUCUUAAAACGUUUGAUGAUUGGGAUCAAGUAACUGUUACUGGGCACUGUACGCGGAACCGACAUUGCAGUGAAACCAGGCAAAUAGUUGUUACUGUGAAUGUAGUCUGGUUGAGAGGACUUCAAAACUUCGCUUCUGGCCAACACCGUCCUUCCUCCGCAAAAAUGACGAUUGUCACGAAACCCAUCACGGAAAAGAAGAAUGAGAAGCCGCUGGAAAAGCCACUAGUGGUCAACGAGGCACUCGGUGGAGAUUGCAGUGACCAUGCUGUUAUUGACCCUAACACUGAUGAUGUGGAAGCUUGGCUCUCUUCUUCUGCCCGUCGCCGACACACUGCCACUACCAUUUGUGUAUUCCUAACUGCUCUCCUUGUAAUGAGCAUUGGCAUUAUUGGAGGAGUUUACCUCUACCGUCAGUUCUCUCAGCAUCAGAUGAGUCGCUUCCGAGGAUGGUGUGGCAUUCCUUAUGAGCAGGACUUGAUGGAAUCCAGUAAUCUGGAGUUACCUGCAAGAUAUCCUCUCUUCCAGAAAAAGCAUGCUGCUGAGUGGAGUGCUGGGUCCCUUUUCAAGGAAGAGUUUGAUCUAGAUCUUGACGAAGAAGCAUACGAACAGAUUCACGUACCGAGUUUCGAGUUUGGCCGUCGCGGUAGAUUCAUUCACGACUUCAAGACUAACAAGACAGCCAUCAUUGAUUACACUUCUGGGCGCUGCUUUGUGAUGCCUCUUGACCGUAGACAUGUUCUCCCACCUCGCACAGUGUAUGACUUGGUCAAGAAAAUGUGGAUGGGUUACUACAAUAUUGACACUGGAGUUGUACGACAGACCAUGCGUGUAACCUAUCCAGCAGUGAGCAACUAUGAACCAUUUGGAGAGUACAUAUCUGAUCAAUGCUCCAACUACCCUACUUUUGUUCUAGUGGAGAUCAAUUCCCCAGGUGUGAAGAAACGCAGUGUAGAUGACCAGGUGACUGAUGAAGCCAUGGAGUUUGUAGAGUUUGCAGGAAACAAGAUUGUUCGGUUCACAAUUUUGGAGCCUGAACCUGAAGCACUGCAGCAGCAGUAGAGGAUGAGUGAUCUACUUUGGUUGUGUAUUAUGAAGUGAGUUUGAGGUAAAUCCCCACAUAGAUUGUGGUUAAUUCCAGUACUGCGUUUUGUACUGAAGCUUUAAGAGAACUGAUUGAUAUAUCAGACUAGAUCUAUGCUGGUACAUGUCAUUGCUGGUAAGUUAAUUGGUCUUUGAAUGAAUGUCAUGAAUUGAAUGAAUGCCACAAAUAGGAGGCAUCUUUCAAUAUUCCUUCUUCAUAAUAGCUUUAAAAUUUGUUUAACAGCUUUUACAUUGGCAGAGUGAUUUUGGUUGACAAUAUGCUAUUUUUUUAUUACCUCUUAUGCUUGUUGAACAAAUGAAGAUAAAUUAAAUAUGUAAGUGUAUAUACACACUAUAUGUAGGUGCAGUGUGUAUAUUUACAUAUAUAUAUAUAUAACUAUAUAGAAUACAGAUAAUUAUAUACGUAUGCUCAAAAUAUUUUAAACCAGCUGAAUUUUAGUUAAACUUUUUAUGAAUUGGAAAGAUUGACUGAGCAGGUCAAGUAAGGAAUGGUUGUGAUAAUGAAAUCAUUUCAGAAGAGCAGGAUCUACCAAAGACCUCAGGAUAGAUUAAACUUGAAAAUAAAAGACCUUAUAGGUUGUAUUUAACCUUACUAAUUUACUACUACAGGGUAAAUGGGUUGGGUCUAGGGUAAUUUCAUUAUUUUGCUCAGUCAAAAACUAGAGCAUACUCUGUGCUGUAUUUUUUGUAUUGGUGUAACUUAUUUUAGCAGUUAUUUAAAGGAGCUUGAUACAGAACUGUAUCAGGAUUAUUGAGAAUUCUAUCGGUCAGUAUUCAGAAUGGGGUCUACUACAUCAUACCACUUAAUUUUAUCAUUUUCUAUUUUCUGAGAACAUGAUUUUAAGACAAGCAGUAACUAUUUUCCAAGGGAGGUAUGACCCUUAUAUCGUGUAAGAGUUGAGAAAUGCUGUAGUUUUAUUCAAAAUGUAGAUCAGGUUUUUCAUAUUACCUAGAUAGUUUGUGCCAGUUUGUAGACCUAAACCUUUGCUAAAAUAGAAAACUUAUUUUGUUACUUUGGUUGAAAGGUUAGAAUUUGCUUAUAAUAUUUUUCACAUAUUUAGUACAUAUACCACUGGUCUGAAUUCCUGUAAAUGCUUUGUUAGUGUUGUGUGAAGUAUUGUUGUAUUCACAUAUUAAUGUUUGUUUCAUAAUAUUGGAACUAGGUGUUUAGAUGUUCCAAGACCCCACUUCAUUGUAUUUACUGUAUAACAGGGGAUGUUUUUAAAAGUUUUAUAAGACAUAGUAGACACAAAUCCUUUAUCAGUUGUCAAUAUAUUUACAGUGUAGGAGAGCUUCUCAUAUACAGGGCAAGCUUACUUCAUAUAUUCUGCUUAGGGUUAAUUUUCAUUAGAUACUGAAGUUACUAUCAUUAUUUGAUAUCAGAACACUUGCUAACUACACCAAUUCUGAAAAACAUGAAGAUUCCAUAGAAGCGUCUACGUACAUUGAGAAUAUAAAAUAAUUCAGAAGUGUGGAAGGAUGGUCUUGGGUUAUUUUUAAUUCUUAAAAUAACUUGAAUUACAAAUGAAACCUUUGCUGAUGGAACCUUGAAGAAAUGUUUCAAGAACAAUGAUAAAAUUGUAUUAAAAAUGUGUAAUCUCUUGUAGGAGCUGCUGUUUUGUUUUGAAUCAUUAACUAUUAUUUGACCUGGGUAAGUGACAAAUCAAAAAUGUCAACUUGAAAAAUCAGUGUAAUGUUUGUGUGGUCACUCAUAUGGCUGGCCAUAUUGCUCGUUUGUCAGCUUCUUUCUUUCUUCAGUUUUUACACAGCAGUGAACAGUAGAAGUCAGUAAUUUGCAUGUACAACAUGAAAAAAAUAAUUUAAAUAGCUAUUGAGCAGGCCAACUGAAGCCUAAGUUAGUUUGGUUUUUGAUUGAAAUUAUAUUUGAUUUCUCACUGGUUAUAUGCAAUAUCUUAUUCAACAUGUUACUUUCAGUAAAGUUGUAUUCAUUGAUAUCCCUUGUCAUUAACUGAUUUUGUUUUGCUUUACAUAAGUACUGAAGAAUAAUUGGUGGAUGUGUUUUUUAUUUCAAAGCACACUGCUUUCACAAGAAUCAGGAUUAUAUACUAUAAGCUCGUAAGUUUCACUUUCUACAAUUUUGAAGCAUACAUAAGAAGGUGAAGAGAUGUAAAUCUAAAAAAAAUGGUUGACUGUAGUUUGUUUUGAUCUUGAUUACUUGGAUUUUCAUUUUGUUUAGCUUAUUAAUGGCUGUACAGUAUAUAUUUUUGCAUAUGCAAGCCUUGGGAAAAUUUUCUCUGGGUUCUACCAAAGAGCUGUCAUAUGAAAAAUACCUCGUAGGUGAAUUUUAUUAAAUAUUGUUUGAGGUUUCAUUGAAUAAUGAUUUGCAUACAGUUAAAAGUUAAAUGUACUGGAAGUAACAGAACAUUGCAAAGUAGGUUGGUAGUAUGAGGAAAGAAUUUAAUUAUCUCAGUAGUGUUGUCUUUUAGUAUUAAUAUGAAAAGGACACAUUACUACUACUACAACCGUAAGAUGACAAUAAACUGCCAGAUUCAUUGUAAUCUGAAAAGGACACAUUACUACUACUACAUCAACCAUAAGAUGACAAUAUACUGCCAGAUUCAUUGAGCUGAAGAUGCUGCCGAUAUAGUUUUUGGAAAUUUAUAAAAGGAAAAGUUUUGUACAAAAGUUACAUAUCUUUAACACAAAUAUAACACAUUUAGACAGAGUUUUGUACGAAAGUUACAUAUCUUUAACACAAAUAUAACAUGUUUAAGAUGAGUAUAUCUGUAUUCAUGUAAAGAGGUUGAGUUAGUAUAGACAAUGUUAAAUACUAUACUGCUUUUUCUGUGUGCAAUGAGUAAGAGUUGUAUGUUCCAUUGUCUGAAAUGGGAUCUCGCUCAUAUAAAAAAAUCUACACCUGUUAUUACCAAUACGUACUAGGUGUAAUGUUGUACAAUGCUUAUGGAUUUGUAUCUCCAGGUAUUUCAUGGUAUCUGGUACAUAUAUUGUCAGUGUAGUACACCGUAUCACCAAAAUAGUGUAUUGAAAUGGUAAUUUUAAUCAUCAUACUUCUCUGAGACCAUCUCCUAUCCAUUGUACUAACCCAAGAGACCAUCUAGACUUCAGGUCAAAGGUAUGGUGUGUUAGUUUUGAAAAUAUUUGGAGUAUGUGUAGUUAUGAAUAAUGUGAAAUCCUGUGUUUAUAAGCUUUGUAAGAUCAUAAUCCUUGAUAAAGGAUUUUGUAUUUCAUGCAGAUGGAUAUUUUAAACUCGUUAGAUAGCAUGGGGAUAGUGUUUUGUCACAUUUGUAUUGCUUCUCUUAUACUUUUCAGUCGUUGCUGGUCAUCCUAGCAGGUGAGAUUACAUCUAUGGUAUUAGUGGUUAGUUACUUUGAAGCAAUGCUGUAGUGUUGCAUAUCAUAUAUAAAGGAAAAGCAAUUUAUUCAGACAUUUUCAGAAAUUUCAUCCCCUACUUAAGCUAGAUGUAAGGAGUGACAGUUUGACGUGAUCAAGUAUUUUGAAUAUUUAUGUUGUGCCAAUAUGGUAUUAGCAAAUGGGCAUUAUAGUAAAUGUAAGCUUUUUUAAAUUCAAAAUGCUUGAGUGGAAAUGAUGGCGCUGGAGUCACGAUAGUAACUCGCGGUCACAAACUAUAAAAGACUAUAUUAACAUUUUAAAUAGGUAGUAAAACAAAAGUCAGUGUGUGUUUUAUGUCCAAGUUAUUAUUACAAUGUGUACAUUAUAUUGUGCAGUUUCUAAAUUCUACCCAAGUCAAAGUUAUUGGACAGUAAAAUAUUACAUUGUUAAA